CGGUCAGUGACGUCAAGGCCCAUGCCAUCUGGUUAUCUUCGAAGCUCAGGCCGAAACUCGUAGUUGAUCCUCUCGUUAGCGGACAGUGAAGGUUACCUGCUUCAACAGUGCUUGAACGGCAACCUUUCAGCUGUCUUCAGACACCACAGGACGGGAAUCAUCGCUUUGAUCACUCAGACGACCGUCGAUAACAUCAAAUUUAAAUUUACCUUAAAACAUCAGCUAACGUUAGCCAAAUUAUCCUAAACACAUUUAGCUUGCUAGCUAACUGUUUUGCUAACAACGCAAGCCACUCAGACAUCUUUUCGACCUCCUCACAAGAAGACCCGCCACUGAAAUUUGAACCAUGAGCUCUCAGGUGAGACAGAACUUCCACCAGGACUGCGAGGCUGCAAUCAACAGGCAGAUCAACCUGGAGCUGUAUGCCUCCUAUGUCUACCUGUCUAUGGCGUACUACUUUGACCGGGAUGACCAGGCAUUGCACAACUUUGCCAAGUUCUUCCGUCAUCAGUCCCACGAGGAGCGUGAGCAUGCUGAGAAGCUAAUGAAACUGCAGAACCAGAGGGGGGGAAGGAUCUUCCUACAAGAUGUCAAGAAGCCAGAGAGGGAUGAGUGGGGCAGUGGUAUUGAGGCCCUUGAAUGUGCCCUGCAGCUUGAGAAGAGCGUGAACCAGUCCCUGCUGGACUUGCACAAGCUCUGCUCUGAUCACAAUGACCCACAUUUGUGUGAUUUCAUUGAGACACACUACCUGGAUGAGCAGGUGAAGUCCAUCAAAGAGCUGGCAGACUGGGUGACCAACCUGCGCCGCAUGGGAGCUCCUCAGAAUGGCAUGGCCGAGUACCUGUUUGACAAACACACCCUGGGCAAAGAAAGCAGCUAAAUCCUUCCAGAUCACAUUUACGAAAGCUUUCUAUAUAUGUAUAUUUGUAUCUUGCUUUCCAGUGUUUUCAGAAUAUGAAGCCAUCUGCAUGGUAGUGGCUAGUCAUUUAAACCUGUUAUAUUACUCACAAAUUUAGCUAUUUCCUCCACAUUAGUUACUUCAGUAAUCCCCUGUCCCCAGAGCUGUGAGCUAUUACAUUCACGUCCCACUCUUGUAUCUUGUACCUCUCUCCGCUGUCAGCUAUGCCUGUCAUUUAUUUGCUGUGUUUUAUGCCAGGAGCUGUUAAUCAAACCAAAUAAAACGAACCCUCUGAAUUCUGA